UUCUGUUUCUCUUGUUUCUAGGGUUUCCUCUUUACAAGACAGAGGAGCAUGUUGUCAAUGAUCUGUACACCCUGAUAGAAAAAGGUCAGAGCAGCUUUUUGGAUCCAGCUCCGAGCAACCAGACCCGGAUGCUGGUCAAAGAGCCCUCCCUGCCCAUCAACGAGCUUCUGGAGAAGAGCAGCAAGAUCCUCCAUCCUCUACCCUCAGCUGUCUGGCCAAAGCACAGCAAUUUCGCCCCCAUGCCUCGCCACCACGGCCCCCACAACAAGAGCAAAAAGAGCCCCAAGAGCGACCGUCUGCUGGAGCACAACAGCGAGAAAGCCAGAGGUGAAUCUGCUGGUCUGCUUCCCAAAAUCUCGCUGACAGGAGCUACAGCUGCAGCCGCCAAUCGCACUGUGCAGAAAACCAACCAGGACACCCAGUCCAACAUCAGUCCCCCUCAGCAGAGCGAACCAGACGGACACCCCAACUCCAGACCCAGGGGUCCACCGCACACACAGCCCCAGGCUCAGCCGCAACAACCGGCCCCUUCCCCGCGGAGAGAUCCUCCCAACCGACGGCUGGACCAAGAGGAGAACCGGCCGGGGAAGUCCAGCCUCUACCAGUCCAGCCUCUACCAGUCAGGUAUCGGUGCAGCGACCCGGAACAACAGCCGCCCACCCGUCGUCUUCAACCGGCGCUCCUCCAGCCUGCUUUACCAGUUCGACAUCCUGAGGCCAGAGUCUGACUUCACACAUGAUGCCUUCUGCAUGAGCGAGUGCAGGAAGGAGAAGGAGGAGAGAGAGUAUUACUGCUACAGUGAGUUUGCUGUCAAUGGGAUAGUUCACGACAUCGACGUGUUGCGUAAGGGAAUACGCCUCAUUACACUGAUGGUGAGCAGUGACGGCUUCUACAAGAUGAGUCGUCUCUAUGUGACCCCAGACAGCUUUUUCUUCAAAGUCCGCCUUCUGGUCCUGGACACCUACAAGUGCAGCAAGCCCUGCCCUGACAUCAAGCUCGGUACCAGAUACAUUAUAAUGGGCCAGAUCUACCACCGGAGGCGCCAUCUUCCCAAUGACCUCCUGAACCUACUGGGGGGUAAACUGAAGCCCGGAGACGGCCUCCUGCGUAGCAACAACUACAUCAAGAGAUUCAACAAACGGAGGCACCAGAAAGCCCUGGAGGCCACCCGCUCCAGGUGUAGGUGAACCAACAAUAAGACUAUCGUCCCCUGCUGCAGGGGAAGAGACACUGCAGCUUACCUGAACUGACCAUAACUAACCCCUCAGUAUUGUGCAAGACAGAAGAAGACACUUUGCGGAAGUCGUGGAUUUAUUUUCAUACGGACUGCUAAUCCUCGUUCGUCCUUUUUACUUCUCUGUAAAGUUCCUGAAGUACUGACUUGUGGUCUCUUUGAUAGAAAACACAAGCAGCUUCAAUUAAAUGGAUUUUCCACAAUCAUUUUAUAACGUUUGGGGCAUCAAACAAGGGUGUCCCCUAUUAUUUUCUCAAAAUAGCAACUUCACUCAAACUCCUCAUUUAUUCGUGGCUGGUUCAUGAAGUCCCUGAAAUAAAAAGGUAUAAAAUCGUCUCAUCUGAAGACCGUUGACCGUUUAGCCAUGACAUUAGUUUAUAGAAUAUAAAGGUAUAUUUUAUCAUCUUGCAUCAGCAGUCACAUUUGCCGUGUUUCUGUUUUAUUGACAUGCGUUUAGCAAGCAGAUAUUUCUGCUGCGAGAGAAGAAGACCCAGCCUUUUUAUUCCCACUAUAAUCCAAGCACACAUCUGAACAUGCAUACAGAUAAGAUCAUUGGUUUUAUGUUGUUUUUCUAGCCGGCGCUAUCAGUAGCUUUCCCCAUAUUUAACAAAUGAAAACCAGAAAACAACAAAAUAUUGAAGAGAAAAGUAUUUUCCAUACAAUCAAAAAUAAUGUUGCUUAGUACAGUUUAGGAUAUCUAUGAAACCUUUUGAUAAUUCAAUGAUGCUUCGAAAUUGUUAUGAAUGGAAAAUGUUGUAUGCACCGAAUAGUGUUGUUUUGUAUCACUUGAUCCAGUGCAUGUUGUCGCUGUUGGUUAUUGGUAAGCAGGAAAUGCACUAUUAUUGUUACAAGGACCAAAGGGAGGGACUGAAGGGUCUGAGGAGGGAGAAAAAGGGAGAGAACACAAGACCUUUGCUUUUCAUGAGAGCGGCUUAUUUUUCUAACUUUAAUUAUGUGUCCACGAUGAAAUAUCUGCCUGAGUAGAAAUGGAACAUCAAAAGGGGCCUUGCUGAAUGAGGAGGGGGUGUGUUGUUGUAGGGACUAAGCCAUAAAUCUAAUCGCAGGAAUCUGAUCCUCUCCGCACCUGGACUCGGAAAAGUGUCUCCGUCACAGCUCCUCUUUGGGAUGGCUCUUGUUUUCUUGCUUACACACAAACAUGUCCUCCUCUGGGAGGGCCAAAGCUCAAAAAGGGGGCAUUUAAAGUAUUUAGGCAGGAUCAGAGAAAGUCAUGUAAAAUGACACAGGGAGGGGAUAGAAGCAGGAGAGGGGGUGUUGACUUUC